AUGCUUCUGAAUUAUGGUAUUCAAGCAACUGUUUCUUCUAAUUUUACGUCUCCCAAAUUUUAUCAGAAUUUUGCACUUCCUUCUAAGCUCCAUGCUAAAAAUUCAGCCCCUAGAAAUCACAUAUUUCUAUUUGGAAGCAUAAGAGGAAACUUCACUCUAAGAACUAUUGUCUGUGCCAUUCCAAAUGAGCAAGAUGAUUCUGAAAGAUGCGUUUCACAUCAUUUUGCUGAUGACUCAGAGGUUAUUUAUCCUCUGGACGAUGAGAAUUCUCAAGUCCCAGAUUUUACCCCCCAAUUGAAGUCGGACACUGAUUUCCAGCAAACAUUUAUGAGCCAGGGAAACCAGGAGAGCCUCCUUGAUAAGCUGAAGGCUAUUCAGUUGCAUGUUCUGGCAAUGGAACAAUGGAAUUCUUCAAAACUCAAAAUGUGUCAAGGAAAUUACUUGGUGAGUGGAACAAACCUAAUACACUAUCUGGCUUUAAAAAGCCUAGAUAUAGAACCGAUUAAAGAAGAGCUUUCUUCACUAGGACUUUUGAAUUUGGAGACUAUAAAUCCAUAUGUUCUUUCAAGUCUUUCUGCAUGUAUCCAAAUGCUGAAUAACUCAAAAUCAGAUUCCCUCCAUGGCUAUAAAAGUUCGGGUGAAGUGCUUCCCAUUUUCAGAAGCUCACAAAAUCGAACAAAGGGGGACUUGGCAAUAACUGCAAUGAUGAAAAGAGCAUCAUCUAAUAGGAAUCUACUACUGGGUACACUUCAAGGGCAGAGAGGCACUCAUAUCAUGGUAACAGUUGGCCAAGAGGUAAUUGACAAUGAUACUCAUGUAGCUGGUCUCAUUGAAGCAGGGGCCACCAUUUUUCGCAUCAACUGUGCACAUGGUAAUCCUGAUGUUUGGAAUGAGAUAAUAAGAAGGGUAAAGAAAAGUUCUCAAAUUCUUGAGAAGCCAUGUCGGGUGCUCAUGGACUUAGCUGGACCGAAGCUUCGUACUGGCAAACUUAAUGCGGGUCCAUGUGUACUGAAAAUAUCCCCCAAGAAGAAUGCCAUUGGAAGUGUGAUAUGUCCAGCCAAAGUUUGGCUUUCUCCCCAAGGAGCAGGUCCACUACCACCUCAUGUAUCUCCUGAUGUAAUUUUGCAUGUGGAUGGCAAAGAAUUUCUAAGUAAACUAGAGGUAGAUGACUCUUUGAGAUUUUGUGACACACGUGGAAAGCAGAGGGAACUCAGGAUUUUGCACAAGUAUCCUAUAUUUUCUGGGGUUGGAUUCAUUGCUGAGUGUAGGAAGACUGCAUAUGUUGAGUCUGGUACUGUACUGCGUACAAAGAAGCAGCGAAGAAAAUCUUCAGUUGGAUUUGUGAUAGAUGUUCCCCCUGCAGAGCAAUUUGUUAGGCUGAGAGUGGGUGACUUGCUGAUACUAUCUCGAGAUAGUUCAGAUGAACUGGAUGAAUCAACUUCUUCAUCAGUUGGUGCCCAUAGGAUAACCUGCUCAUCCAGUUAUCUAUUUGAUUCGGUCAAACCAGGAGACCCUAUAGCUUUUGAUGAUGGGAAGAUAUGGGGGGUUACAAAAGGAACUAGCAUUUCAGAAGUUAUUGUUUCAAUCACUCAUGCUGGCCCAAGAGGUACUAAGCUAGGCUCUGAAAAAUCCAUAAACAUCCCUGAGAGUCACAUUCGAUAUGAAGGUCUUACUUCAAAGGAUCUUAUGGAUCUUGACUUUGUAGCUGGGCAUGCUGACAUGGUGGGUAUUUCAUUUGUCCGUGAUAUUCAUGAUAUUGUCGUGUUGCGCCAAGAACUUGCAAAGAGAAAAAAAUUGAAUUUGGGGGUUAUUUUAAAGAUCGAGACAAGAGAUGGAUUUGAGAAUUUGCCACUCUUGCUAUUGGAGGCAAUGAAAUCUCCAAACCCGUUGGGCGUCAUGAUUGCUAGAGGAGAUCUCGCAGUGGAAUGCGGUUGGGAAAAGCUUGCAGAUAUACAGGAAGAAAUUAUUUCAAUCUGCAAUGCUGCCCAUGUACCCGUCAUUUGGGCAACACAGGUACUGGAGUCACUUGUUAAGUCUGGAGUGCCCACCAGAUCUGAAAUUACCGAUGCAGCUAAUGGAAGGAGAUUAAGUUGUGUGAUGUUGAACAAAGGGAAGCAUAUUGCUGAAGCGGUUUCUACUCUCGCCGCCAUUUUAAGCAGCAAGUAUAACAAAGCAAAAGGAGAACGGAAACCUCUCUUAUUGAGAAUCAUCGUACAAGUCUUUCAUAGGGAUUCAUUAAAAGUCGUGCCAUUCUUGAAGAUGUAUUUUUCUUCUAUGUCAACAUACAGAAUGGUGAAGGAAAACUUCUGGAGGUUUUACCAGGCAAUGGGCCUUGAGAAAUGGCUUUCCAAGUCACAGACCAUUGAGCCCAUUUCUAGGGAAAUACGAGAAGUUGGGCACACUGAUUCUGUUCUUAGUGGGCCAGAUACUGAGGAUGGAAAGUAUGUUUCUUGGCUGGAGGAACACCCUUGUGCACUUGCUUCAUUUCAUCAGAUUAUGAACUCUGCGAAAGGGAAGCAAAUUGUCGUGUUUUUAGAUUAUGACGGGACUCUUUCACCAAUUGUGAAUGAUCCAAACAGCGCCUUCAUGUCUCAUCCGAUGCGCUCGGCUCUGCAUGAAGUAGCAAGGCGUUUUCCAACAGCUAUUAUAAGUGGUAGAAGUCGAGACAAGGUGUAUGAAUUUGUAAAGUUAGACAAUGUUUAUUACGCGGGAAGCCAUGGGAUGGACAUAAUGGGGCCUCCAUUGCAAGUUGAGUCUUACCACGACAAGUAUCAGACAAAUGCUCAUGAUAAAAAGGGUAAAGAAUUCACCGUCUUCCAACCUGCUCGGGAGUAUUUACCCUCAAUUGAAAAGAUGUUAAAGGAGUUGAAAACCCGAACCUGCAAUAUACCAGGUUCUUUCGUGGAGGAUAAUAGGUUCUGUAUCUCUGUGCAUUACCGGCAUGUUUUGGAGGAGGAUUACGAAGCUUUAGAAGAGAUAGUUUGGUCAGUACUUUCCGACUAUCCUUGCUUCCAUAUGACUCGGGGCAAGAAGGUUAUGGAGAUUAGGCCAUCAAUCAAAUGGAACAAAGGAGAUGCUCUCGAAUACUUACUUGACACUCUUGGAUUUGUCGACUCCAGUAAUGUCCUUCCUUUUUACCUUGGUGACGACAAAACUGAUGAAGAUGCUUUCAAGGUACUUGAGAGAAGAGGACAAGGGUACCCCAUAGUUGUAUCUUCCAUCCCAUGGGAAACCUCAGCUUCGUAUUCGCUACGCGAUUCUUCAGAAGUUUUGUCUUUUUUGAAACGUCUGGCAAGGUGGGGGAGAGGCAUUGGCCUAAUGGAUCAUCUUAUCAGGACGUAUUGCUUUCUGUAUAGAUGUUCGUAG